UAGCGGAAGUAGUCUUACAUGGUCCCACGCAAGAACAGCUUGCUCCUUCCUUUGUUCUGAAAUCAUCAACAUCAAAGUACACUGCAUAACAUAACAUGUCUUACAACUUACACGUGUCUUUCUUCAUUUGGUAACACUCGCGGUGCUAACAACACCACCGCAUGCUCGCCGUUUGCAGCUCCAUCACUGACAUAAAGCUUCAUUUUUUCUCUGCUUCGCCACGUUUCACUCCACCUAUCUUCCUUUUCACCCCUCAAUUACCUUCUUUAUAUAUAACAACAAUAUUUUACAUUCUCAUCCUAAUCAAGACUUCUCAUACUAUACAAUGCAUGCACUUUUCAACUAUGGAUUCAAAUAGAUUCUCCUUCUUAGAACCAUUUCUCUCAUCACACUACAUAAGGAAACUUUUUUCUGCUUUCAGUUUAUUUUUUGGAGCUUCUUUGCUUUUGUGUUCUCUUUUCUUUCUAACUAAUUCCCUCAAAGUUCCUAAAGAUUCAAUCUUUCUUCCAAUAUUCAACACUUCUCACACAAAUUCUUCUUUUCUUUCUUACCCUUUAUUUUCUUUUAAUACUACUACUACUACUACUAAUCGUUCUUGUUUCUCUCAGAAGAACAAUGUUUCUGAGAAUUUCCUUAAGAUAAUUGAAGAACAAAGUGUUGUUGUCAAAAGAAAACAUGAUGGCAUGAAGAAUCAUUCUAGUUUUAUUACUAAUGUGAGGAAUGUGAUUAAAAAUGUGACCAAUGAUGUUUCAUACAAUGGAAAUAGUAGUGUUAUUGUUGAGGAAUUGAAUGAAGGGGGUUUGGUUUGGAAUAAGAAUGAAACUAUAGUUACUCAUAGUGAUAACAAAAUGGAGAAAAUGAAGGUUGGUUUUUAUGAAGAUUGUGAUAUCUUUGAUGGAAAGUGGGUGAGAGAUUAUUCAAAGCCAUAUUAUCCUUUAGGUUCUUGUCCCUUCAUUGAUAGAGAUUUUAAUUGUCACCUUAAUGGAAGGCUUGAUCUUGAAUAUGUAAAAUGGAAGUGGAAGCCAAAUAAAUGUCACAUUCCAAGUUUGAAUGCAACUGAUUUUCUGGAGAGGUUACGGGGACAGAGGCUGGUUUUUGUUGGAGAUUCAUUGAACAGAAACAUGUGGGAGUCCCUAGUUUGUAUCCUUCGUCAAAGCGUUGCAAACAAGAAACAAGUUUUUGAGAUUUCGGGGAAAAGGGAAUUUAAAAAGAAAGGUGUCUAUGCUUUUAGAUUUGAGGAUUACAAUUGUUCAGUGGAUUUUGUUGCUUCACCAUUCCUUGUUAGAGAAUCAAGUUUCAAAGGCAAAAAUGGUUCAUUUGAGACAUUAAGAUUGGAUUUGAUGGACCACACAACUACAAGGUAUCAGGAUGCUAAUAUUAUAGUCUUCAAUACAGGCCAUUGGUGGACACAUGAUAAAACUUCAAAAGGAGAAGAUUAUUAUCAAGAAGGGAAGCAUGUAUAUCCAAGACUCAAGGCUUUGGAUGCAUAUAUGAGGGCUUUGACCACUUGGGCUAAAUGGGUUGACCAUAAAAUAAAUUCCAAUCAAACACAGAUUUUCUUCAGAGGAUACUCAGUUACUCAUUUCUGGGGUGGACAAUGGAAUUCAGGAGGACAAUGCCACAAAGAAACUGAACCAAUAUACAAUGAAACUUACUUACAAAAGUAUCCUUCGAAAAUGCGGGCUGUAGAGCAUGUCAUCCAAAAUAUGAAAACCACAGUGAUAUAUAUGAACAUAAGUAGACUUACAGAUUACAGAAAAGAUGGACAUCCUUCGGUAUACAGAAAAGAUUAUAAGACAUCGAUGAAGCAGAACGCUGCUUCGCUAUACGAAGAUUGCAGCCAUUGGUGUUUGCCUGGAGUACCUGAUACUUGGAAUGAAUUGCUGUAUGUUUCUCUCUUAAAAUAUGGAAAGGGAACUUGGAAAAUUUGAGCUAAAUUCCUUAUAAUCAUUCCACAACCAGUGUCUGAUUCUUCAUGCAAUUUCUAUAUAUGUUUCCUAUUGGAAUAUCCAUUAUGAACAAGUUCUUAAGUUAUUAUAUAGUUUGAUUAGAAUGACAAAUUUUCCCAAUGAUCCAUGUGAUUGUAUUGUAAUAUUUAUAUUUAUACAGGUGUGGUGUGAGAGUUGAUUUUGUUUGAGUCAUUUUCUUUGAAAUAGGAAAUGUCAAAUGUAGUCACUGUAACCGAAACAAAAGAAAAAAGUGACAAGAUUUUGUAUACAGAUUCUAUUCAUGUAGUAAUUAGAGAUUUACCAUUUUAC